UGAACAUAUCAGUCCAUCACCUACUUCCUCGGUCUAUAUAAAUUGUCAUUCCAUCUUCCUUCUCGCACUGCGUAAAGAAAACAACCAGUCUUGCGAACUGUUGUAUCUAAGUGUAUGCGCUAAAAGCUUUUCAAAAGUGAUAAUGGAGGCAUUAACAAUCAACGGCGGCAACAUGACUGUUCGGAAGUUCGAGCCCGUCAUGGUCCAUCCCGAGUCCGAGAUCCCCAACGGGUUCUACUUCCUGUCCAGCCUCGACCAGGCCAUUCCCUUCACGGUGAAGACGAUCUACCGCUACGAGAAAGGCAGCGACAUUGUCGGGGACGUGCUCAGACAAGCUUUGUCGAAGGUUCUGGUCCAUUAUUAUCCAUUUACUGGCUCCAUGGCCAUGAGCCCUGAAGGGGGCUUCAUCGUGGAGUUGACAAAGAAGGGCGUGCCAUUUGUAGAGGCGGAGGCUGAUUGUAGCAUGAACAUGCUGGGCGAUAUCCGAGUUCCCGAUCCCGACGUCACCAACAAACUUAUUUACUCCGAUCCCAAGGCCAAAACCAUAUUCGAAACACCCUUACUAACUGCACAGGUGACGAAGUUCAAGUGCGGUGGAUUCACUCUGGGAGUUGGAAUGUACCACAGCCUGGUCGACGGCGUCUCCGGGAUGAACUUCGUCAACUCGUGGGCCCAAAUCGCAAGAGGGAAGCCGGUGACGACCGUCCCUUUCCACGACCGGACCCGGCUGAAGUCGCGGGUGCCGCCCCAGAUCAAGUACCCCUACGACGACUUUGUACAGAUCGCCGACGCGUCGGACACCGAGUCGCUGUACCAGCGAGACCCGCUGGUGCACAAGCUCUUCGUCUUCGACGCCGACAGGAUCGCGGCAACCAAGAAGCUGGUGCUGUCCGAGGGGAAGGUGAAGUGCUGCUCGAGCUUCGCGGCCGUCACGGCGCUGGUGUGGCGCGCGUGGAGUGAGGCGCUGAGGAUGAAGCCUCACCAACUGACGAAGCUCCGCAUAAUGGCCGACUUCAGGUCCAAGUUCGAGACGGAGACGCUGCCCGAGCAUUAUUUCGGCAACGCCGUGGUCACGACCGCGAGCCUUUGCUCCGCGGGGGAGCUGCACAAGAGGCCCAUCUCGUUCGCUGUCGAGCAGAUACAGAAGGCGCUCGAGCUGCUGGACGAGGAGUACGUGCGGUCGAGGAUAGAUUUUGUGGGUGUGUACAAGCCGCAGCUCUCGUCGGUGGGCACCUUGGUGAUCAGCUCCUGGACUCGGCUGGCCUACGGGAUGUCCGACUUCGGGUGGGGCGGCCCGUCGCAGUUCGGGUGCGGGGACCUGGGGAGGGAGCUGUGCGUGUACUUCCCGGAAGGGGACGGGAAGAAGGGGAUCGCGGUGGUGCUGGCUUUGCCUCUCUCGGCCAUGAACGCCUUUGAAGAGCUGGUCCAAGUUUAAAGACUGAGUGAUAAUAAGUCAAUAACGAUUUUUGAUUUCAAAUGUUUCUUGUAUAGAUUGAGAUUUAUUGUUUGAUAUUAAUUGUAAUUAAAGCUUAAUUGCCUCUCGCCCUGUGUAUAAGGGAGGGCUUGUAUUCUUCAUUUGCUAAUGUGAAAAUAUCACAUUGUCCUCUAUUUUAUCACAAAUCAUAAAUAUCAAGUUGGU